AUGUUACUCAAAGGUUCCGAUAACGAGAAAGAGAUUGGAAAGGACUUUUCCAAUGAUGUGCAAGUCGAAUAUGCGGUCGCGCACGAUGCAGCUGCUCGGGGACAUCUAGCUACCGACGAACAUGGUAACCCAAUCGCCAACUUUGAUGCUGAAGCCGAAAAGAGGCUACGUCGCAAGAUUGAUUGGCACAUUAUGCCAACAGUCACGAUACUAUACCUCAUGUGCUUCGUCGACCGAGCCAAUAUUGGAAAUGCGCGACUGGCUGGUCUUGAAAAGGACCUUGGUCUUGCUGGCUACGAUUACAACCUGUUACUAACAGUCUUUUACAUCUCUUACAUUGUCUUCGAACUUCCCGCAAACAUGGCAUGCAAGUGGAUCGGACCCGGCUGGUUCAUCCCUGCUACAUCAGUAUGCUUCGGUCUUGCCUCGCUCGGCACAGCCUUUGUCAAUACCAUGGGCGAGGCAUGCGCCGUCCGAUUUAUACUUGGUAUCUUUGAAGCUGGAAUGCUGCCUGGUAUCGCGUACUACCUGUCCCGUUGGUACAGACGCAGUGAGCUCGCAUUCAGGCUCGCCAUCUAUGUCGCCAUGGGUUCAUUCGGAGGAGCAUUCGGUGGUCUGUUGGCCUCUGGAAUUCUUACUCUUGACCAUUUCGGCUCCCUGACAAGAUGGCGAAUGAUCUUUGCUAUCGAGGGAAUCUGCACAAUUGGGUUGGCACUUAUUGGAUUCAUCACAAUGACUGAUCGACCAAGCACUGCGCGGUGGCUCAGCGAAGAAGAGAAAGACUUGGCCAUCGCACGUAUCAAGUCUGAACGCGUGGGUGUCACAGAGGUCCUCGAGAAAUUCUCGUGGAAGCUGGCUCGACGAGGUAUCUGCUCGCCUGUCACGUUGGGAACUUCAACCAUCUUUCUGUUUACAAACAUCACGGUGCAGGGUCUUGCGUUCUUUGCACCAACCAUCGUGAGAACUAUUUACCCCGAUGCAUCCGUUGUCCAACAGCAACUACGCACGGUGCCUCCUUACAUCGUUGGCACUUUCUGUACUCUUGCUAUCAGCUUCCUGUCAACUAUCCUCGAUCGUCGCAAUAUCUUUAUCAACGUCUCUCAGCUUCCGGUCAUAGCAGGUUACAUCAUGUUUCUCAGCACCUCAGAUCCAUAUGUUCGCUACGCCGGGACAUUCCUGAUCUGCGCAGGCACUUUUGCCAACGGCGCCCUCUCCAAUGCUCAAGUCUCAGCCAACUUGGUAACUGAUACUGCCCGUGCUUCUGGAAUUGGCUUGAACGUCAUGUUUGGUAACGUGGGAGGAUUGAUCUCUACGUGGUGCUUUUUGCCUUUUGACGGGCCCAACUAUCCGAUUGGAAAUGGCCUCAACCUUGCUGCUUGUUCCUCCAUUUUCAUCCUUACUAUUGUGUUGCACUUCUACAUGAACUGGAACAAUAAUAGGAGAUCAAGGAUUGAUGUUACUCAGGCGUUGGCUGGGCGAAGUGUUGAGGAGAUUCGCGACUUGGAUUGGAAGCAUCCUGGUUUCAUGUGGAGGCCUUAG